CUAGCCAACCGGGCAGCACUGCCUGUGUAUAAACAGUUGGCAGAAACGAAAUCGAAAAACAGAAGUUUUGGUCGAAAUGGCAGCGUAAAAACCCAUUAAAGUCAUUUCCAUUAUUGCACGACCGACUCGGAACUUAUAUACGCAUAUAGAAACGUAGCAGAUAGCGGAAAAGUGGCAAAAUACCCGGAACAUAUUGAUACAUAUGGACGUAGACUUCAAGAUAACGAAAGAAGUACUCCUGAUAAUAUAUAAUGGUGGCGGCCAAGUACGAGCGGCUGAACUCCAGUGGUGGUGAGGCGGGUGCUGGAAACGGAAAUGCCAGCGAUGCGGAAGACGAGGAGAUCGAGCUCAGUUUGGCCCAGAAAACGCAGCUAAACAAUGGCCAUCGUUUGCGUCAGAGCAACUUCCAGUACGCCAGCGGAAAGUCGGAAUCUGGGGAGUCCCGUGGAGCUGCGGAGACGGCCACGUUGGCCCAGGAGGAGAACAUGAUGAUGCAAAUGGCCGUGGGAACACUGGCCAUUAUCUUUUUGUAUCUAACGCUCUCCAUAACGCUGACCUUCUACCAAACGGACAUCAACCGGCAGAUGCCCUUUCCCCUGGCCAUCGUGACCUAUCAUCUGGUGGUGAAAUUCCUGCUGGCCGCCCUGGCACGCAGGAUCUACAGGCUGCGAAUGGGCAGGUCGAGGGUACAGCUGGAUUGGCGCGUGGCCCUGCGGAAGAUGGCCCCCACGGGCGUGGCCAGUGCCAUCGAUAUAGGGUUCUCCAACUGGGGUCUGGCCCUGGUUCCCAUCUCCCUGUACACCAUGACCAAGUCCUCGACCAUCGUCUUCAUCCUGCUGUUCGCCAUCGCUUUGGGACUGGAAAAGAAGAGCUGGUAUCUGGUGUCGAUUGUGGGCCUGAUAGGCACGGGCCUGGUGAUGUUCACCUACAAGUCCACGCAGUUCAAUGCCCUGGGCUUCUUCUUCAUCCUCUUCGCCUCGCUAAGCAGCGGAUUGCGAUGGAGUUUCGCACAGUUCAUAAUGCAGAAAUCCAAGCUGGGAUUGCACAACCCCAUAGACAUGAUAUACUACAUGCAGCCGUGGAUGAUUGCCUCGCUGGUGCCCCUGGUUUUUGGAAUCGAAGGUAGUGGCCUUGUCUGGGUUCUUGAAGAUCUCCAUAGCCAUACAUCCAAUGAGAUAAGCUGGGCAAUUGCGAAGAUAUCAGCAGGCGCCUUGCUGGCCUUCCUCAUGGAGUUCAGCGAGUUCCUGGUGCUGUGCAAGACCUCCAGCCUGACCCUCUCGAUAGCCGGGAUCUUCAAGGACAUUUGCCAGUUGGCCCUGGCUGUGACCCUCAAAAAGGACCAGUUGAGCGUUAUUAACUACAUUGGUUUGGUCAUUUGCCUGGCGGGCAUUGUUUGCCACCUUCUGCACAAGUACACCAGUAUGCAGGAGUCGCAGAGGCAGCAGAAGGACUUGGAAUUCGACAACGACCAGGAGGAGUCGUCGCCGGGCGAGUACAAAUUUAACGAAGGCAGUGCCAUUGCGGGUGUGCAUGUGAAAUCGCACUCCACGCUGACGGUGCCAUUGCUGGAGCAAACCGAUUCCGAGGAUGAGUUGGGCCAUGAUCCCAGCAACAAACAGAACGCCUCCGAUGUGAUCUUCGAUGUACUGAAACGACGCGACAUGCAGCGAUGAAAGCUGAUCCUUGUACAGACGUCCUGUAAAUGUUGUAAAUUCAAACGACUUUUUUGUUUACACGCCCCAUUCCCCACGAAACUACUUACGGCACUGGGAUAGCAAUGCAGGUUUUAGUAAGAUAGUUAGAUCGAAACUUCCCAUUCCUUUCGACACAGAUUCCCCGUUUUCCCCGAUGCAUUCCGCUUUGUGCAUUCAGCAGCUAGGCUAGAUUUAUGAGAUAUAUAAAAUUGAAGUGUGUGUGCUAUCCUGGUACGAAUAACAGUCUUAAUUGAGUUGGUUCCGAAACCUUAGGGACGAAAAGUAAUCUUUGGACAAUACUACAAAAUGUACGCAUUUAUUUGAACAUUUUUUAUGAAAAUAAUCACUAACGGACAAUUUGAAGCCAGUCAACAUCUUACUCUGCAUUUCUACAAUUUGAUUAAUUUAAGAUAUUGUAAAAAAACGUAUUAUAUUGUCCAAAGUUAACUUCAAGUCCCAACACUAUCUCGUGUUUCUUUCGUAAAAACUCACUUUUAAGUACUAAAAACUAUGUAAAAAUAAGAAAUAAGAAAGCCUUAAUGACCUUUAAUUGUUCCUUAAUUGGCAGCUCUAAUUUGGCACUCCAAAUUUAAUUGUAAAUUCAUUUAGUUUUAAGAGAUUUUGAAUUUGACCGCUCCCGAAAAUGUCUGAUAAACAAGGGCCAUUGAUUUGUUUACCAAAUUAUAAAUAAUGUCUGUUGUUUUUAGUUGAUAAUGCUUCUUUUUUG